AUGCAUAUAAUUAAUCAAAAUAAAGUUGAUUCGAUCAAAGAUUAUAUUGAUUAUUUCAACAAAGUUUGGUUGCCGCACUACAAUUUAAUAUCUCAAUAUAAUAAUGCAACUGCAAUAUUCACUAAUGAUUGCCUCGAGAGUAUGCAUUCAGAAUUUUCUUCGUUAAAACAUCCAAACAUUUAUGAAGCUAUUAAGAAGAUAUCUCAAAUCCAAUUAGAUAAAUAUAACGCCAUCAAAAAUAACCAGAAGAUCGAGCGCCAUAUAAAAACCGUUAUCACUGAUAGCUACAAAAAUUAUAUUCUUGACUGCUUUCAAAAAGAACUUGAGAAAACAAUUUUUUCUAUCAAACAAUACAACGUAAGUGAUCUUUCUUUGGCUCAGAACGAGAUUUCUCCAUAUGGUUCCAUAGAAUCGAGUUCAUUGUUCGAAAAUAUUCCAGUUCAUGAUGCAGAUAUACUCAAAUCGAUCGAUCUAACAGAUAAAGAUACAAUGAUCACUAAGUUUAUUAAUGAAAAAAGAGAAAAAAUUAUGGCAUUAUUUAAUGAAACAUUAAAUCAUCCAGAUUUUAAUUCAUCCACUCCAAUUCAAACUAAUUUUGAGCAAGCCGAUACAAAUCAAGG